AUGUGUCAAUAUGAAAUGACUUAUUAUCAUAAAUAUGAAUAUAAUCCUACUAAUUUUACCUGUUAUACUCAUUUACAAUGUAAUCGUGGUUCUUUUCCAAUAUGUUUGGAUUGGAGUGAAAUUUGUGAUGGACAAGUAGAUUGUCUCGAUGAUAAAUUUGAUGAAGAAUAUUGUUGGCAACUUGAAAUAAAUGAAUGUAAUGAUAAUGAAUAUCGAUGUACUAAUGGACAAUGUAUACCGCAAUUUAUUGAACUGAGUCCGAUAAUUAUCGAAGAACAAAAUGUAACAGAUGAAAAAGAAUGUGAACAAUGGUCAUAUAUUAAUAUUUAUACUCGUUGUGAUGGUUUAUGGAAUUGUCCACAUGGUGAAGAUGAAAUUGGUUGUAAUUUAUCUUCAACAUUAAAUUAUUCAUUAGAUCAUCACAAAUGUGUUUCACUUUAUACAAAUGAACUCAUUUGGUUUCCUAUUAAGCGAGCAAAUGACGGUAAAAUCGAUUGUCUUGGUGCUACUGACGAACCAACAUUAUGUCAAGAAAAAUAUCGCGCAAUAUUUUAUGAUAAUUUUUACAGUAUAAACUCUAGUUAUCACCCAUGCAUUUAUUUUCAAUUUUUAUGUAAUGAUUUUGCAAAUUGUGAUCAUGGAGACGAUGAAAGAUUUUGUGUAAAAAAUGAGAAAAAUAUUUCUAUGUUUCAAAGUAUUUGUCUUUCGUCUGAUUCAUCUAUUCAUUCUGAUAUCGAACAGUUUUUAUGUCACGAAACAAAAACAAAGAUAAAACAACAAAUUAAAUAUUUUUCAUUGGAUCAGAUGAACAAAAUAGUCGAAGAUCAAACUAAGAAUAUGAUAAAACCCAUAUUUUCAAGUUCAUUUGAUAGAGAAACGUCUCAUCAAUAUGAACUUCGAUGUCAUCGUGGUUUUGAUUUACGUGUCUUGUUAAAUAAUGAAAAGAAUUUAACAACAAAUACAUGUCUUUGUCCACCUAGUUUUUAUGGUAAUAUGUGUCAAUAUCAAAAUCAACGAGUGAGUUUGACCAUUAAAUUUCGAGCAUUAUCAGAUUCAUGGUCAAUAUUAUUUGCAAUAAUUAUUUCACUUAUUGAUGAUAGUGAAGAAAGACUUAUACAUUCAUAUGAACAAUUCAUUUAUUUGUCAAUAAGAGAUUGUAAAAUUAAAUUUAAUAUUUAUUUAUUCAAUUCAACUCGACCAAAAGAUUCAACAAAAAAUUAUUCAAUACAUAUUGAUAUUUAUGAAAAAAUUUCAUUAAUCUAUCGAGGAAGUUUAUUAUUUCCAAUAAAAUUUUCAUUUUUACCUAUUUAUCGUAUCGCAUAUAUAGUUGAUAUUCCACAAGUUAAUGAUAACAUCCAAAGUUGCUCACGUUCUCAAUGUAUUCAUGGAAAAUGUGUGAAAUAUUCAAAUAACCAACAAAAUACUAGUUUUUGUCAAUGUAAUCGAGGAUGGUCUGGACGAUAUUGUACUAUUCAAUAUACUUGUAUUUGUUCAUCUGAUUCAAUAUGUAUUGAUAUAUUAGCUUACAAUCGAUCUAUAUGUGUUUGUCCUAUUAAUAAAUUUGGUGAUCGAUGUCUUCUUAUCAAUAGAAUUUAUCAAAUGGAUAAGAAUUUAACAAGUCAACAUGGUGGACAAUGUAUUCCUGUUGAUGAAUAUAUGAUAUCGAAUCAAAAAUAUGUAUAUAUUUGUUCAAAAGGUUAUAUUGGUAAUCGAUGUGAAAUAGCUGAGAACAAAAUAAUUCUAUCAUUUGAAAAUAGUAUUAUUUUAACUCAAUCGAUAUUUAUUCAUUUCAUAGAAGUUAUUAAUGACGGUACACCGAUGAGAACAACUACUUUUCGAACAAUUCAAUUUACACAACAUUUACCUAUCAUUGAUUGA